AUGUCCCUCCGCUUCACCCCAUCCUCCAACCACGCAUCCUACACGGAUAACAACACCGGCCGAAACUUCACCUCGAAUAACAACAUCACAGCCCCGCAUCCCAGCAAAGGCGCCCCCUCCGCCCCCGGUCUUCCCGACACCCUACGCAACAACAUCACCCUCCAAGCGCCGCGAGGUAGCCCCAGCUCCAACGCCAAUAACAUCCCAACAUCCGCACACCCCCUUGAAGCACGCCUGUUAGCAUGGCGCGAAACCCAAGACGCCAUGAAAAUGGAAUCUCUGCGCCGCGUAUACGGCAUGGCGGAACCAAUCCGUCGCGGCAUGGAGCUUAAAAUCGUCCGAGAUGGCUCCUGGACACCUAUGAUGCUGGGAGGCGCAAGACGGAAUGGUGGAAAUUUGCAUGAGGAUAUUUUGGUGUUGGGGGGAAGGGAUGCGGAGUUCGGCUGGGAGGAUGUCUUUCAUGGUGAUGAGUUCCGUGAACCGCCUAGUAUUCACGAUGAGAUGGAGAAGAGGCUUAAGAUGGAUUGGUAG